ACUGUCUCCUAUUUGUUUCGAACAAAAAAAUAUAAAAUGUGUACUUCAAUGCUUCUUUAUAUUGGUCUCUGCCAUAGAGUUACCCCUUUUUAAACUCGCUUGACUCACCGUGAUGCACUUCAUAAACAAUAAUGCUCAAUCCACGUUAUCUUUGACGGAGUAAUGACCAUUGACCAAGUUUCGUUUUAGUUUUCAGUUUUCUUUCAGUGCCAUGGAGCUUUGAGAAUGAGAUCCGUCUCGUCUCUUUCAAAGAAAAAAAAAACAAACCCUAAACAAACAUCAACAAUAAACAGUGGAACGACCAGAUCAAGAUUAUGAAUGGCAAGCAGCAAGUGUUAUAAUUGUGCUUCAUAUUUAUAUUACUGGGUGUGAUCCAGUGAGUCGAGUCGAUGCCUUUUUUAAUGAUCCGAAAAUAAUCAACAAUCAUAAUGGCAUUGUGACAUUGUCAUCAUAGUACUAUUCAUUGGAGGGUGCAUCCAAGUUUCCAAGUUCGAAUCAAGAGAUCCCAGGCUAAUCAUGACGUCCAUGUUAUCUCGGUCAAGUUCCCCACCAGUACUAGAAAUCAGUGACUCCAACUCCAGCAAUGAUUGUAAUCAUGUCAGUAAUGAAAAUGAAAACAAUAGCAAAUCAUCAUUUGGAAGUUUGGGUGCUCAGAAUUCAUCAACCUUGGGAAACAGGACCUGUGGUACCGAAGAAAAAGAGACUACUGCACAAGGACAAACUGAGCCCGAUUCACAGUCAGAGACGUCUACCCAAAAGUCCGUUACAACACCAGCAGGAGAAGGAAGUGAGGAUACAUUAGAACUGAAAAAGUUGAGUCUUGACCAGCAUGGAACUUUUAUGGUUGACUUUGAUCCGGAAAGGUCACAGCGAGAGAUGCGAAAGAUGAACAGGCGGCUUCAUACAAAAGAGUCCAAAAAGAAUCAAGCCUAUGAUAGUCAGGGCAUCCUAUUGGAGAAUGGUCUGGACCUAUGUGACUGCUUGGACAAAGAUUGCCCCGGCUGCCAUUUCCCCUGCCCAAGAUGCAACUCCGCCAAGUGUGGCUCAGAUUGUAGAUCAAAUCGCAGAUACAUAAUUGAUUUCAUUGAGGUUGAAGGGAUGGAUAGUAUGUAUUCUUUUCCCACAUCCUAGGUUUCAUUUUGCAGUCAACUCAGACUGGCUUUUCAAUUUUUUAGUUAUUUAUACAGUAAAACCCUGAUAAAACGAACUUCACAAGUGCAGAGAAUGUCUCUAUGUUUUAAAGCAGAUUUCAUUUUAAGCUGAGUGCUUAUGAAAAGAACCAAAAAAGGUGAGGUGACUCCUUUCUAACUGUUCAGAUCAGAUGCUAGACAUUGGGUAACCAAUUUUUAGUCAUUAAUAACAUAUAUGCAGAGCUGCCAGUCUUUAAAACAAAGGGAAACUUUAUCUUCAUCAGUUUUAGACAGAUGUCCUGACCUCGCAGAAUGAGGUUGAAGGGAGGUUGUAGCUGUUCACUUGAUUCGUUUUGAAAGCUACCACUUAGUUUCAGAAUGAAAACAAAUUACGAAACAUGGAACUGAUCAAUUAUAGCUUCAUAUGAGAAGAUAGCUUGAAAUAUUUUUUUAAUAUGACGUUUCCAUUAAAUUAGGGAUUUAGCUUCCCUGUGUCUCGUCUAUAUGUCCUGCAAAACAAAGCCACAUUCUCACCACCCGCCGCACAAGGAAAGUAGGAAAGUCUCUUGGAUGCAUGUUGUGUGAGGCAUAUUGACGACGGUGGGCUACUGUGAGCAACAAAAUAAAAAGUAAAGGAGAGAAUCAGUAUGGAGGUGUGACAAAACAGACAAAACCCCUUUCUUGUAUCCUGAUCUAUGGGAUUUUUGAUAGUGUGAAGGGAAGUUGCAACAUACAGAGAAUAAAGAGCGGGGGGAAGGGGAUUUGAAAUCAUUUCAUGUUUACGGGAAUUUAGAGUGAAACAGGUUCGUGUUAAGGUUUAAAAGUAUCUAUUAAAUACCUGCUGUAUAUUUAUCUGAUUGCAGUGCAGACUAAGUUUGUUC